AUUAACUGCACCCUGUUGUGUGAAAACAAGGGCAGCUGCUUGUUCUUUUAAAGGAGACAGGGUUGUGACAAUGUAGCAUAAAUCAGCCGGCCUGCUCAAGUUUAGACGUCUAUUCAUCUGGAGACCCAGUGAACAGCAGGAUAAAGAGCUGGUAUGCAGGGCAUGUACUUACUCCUCCAUCUCCCUUCAGUGGAGGGACGAGGGAGCACACAAAGGAGGAGUGGAGGAGCAGGGGAACAGGAUGAGAUGCGCCACCUGAGGUCUUCAUUUGUCUGCGGGUGUGGAAACGAGGACACUCAUUAGGGCUGGGCUCUCGCUCCGUUGUGUGUUUCCAGGGCUUUGGGUGUCUCCUGUUUGAUUCCAUUGUCAGGGGCAGAUGAAAAGUGCAGACUCGGGUUGCACAGAUGAGGGCAGAGAGCGUGAGGCAGGCCUGGCCCCAGGAAAGAGCGUGCCGUGCCCAUGGGCCCGCAGCAGUUUCGGCUGAAUUGGUCAGGGGCGAGUCGGUGAGGGUUUGGUGAACAGCAGAGCUUUGCCAGUGCCAUGAUGACUUCCGUGCUUCUUGGAAACUGACAUGUGAGGCAGGUCCCUCGUGGCUCUAACAGGGCUCCACACCAAAACGGGAGGCUCAGUCUGAGAGGUCUCUGCCAGGGGCCCUGGGAAUUAGAGGUGGGAAUUCCGUAAGAAGCAAAUUCAAUUCCUAAAGUUCUCAGGCACUGGGACUAAAUUCAGGCGGGCGGGUGGCAGGCGGUUUAAGAUUUGAAAAUAGAUAAUUCUAUCUAGCGGCUUUGAAAGUCCCUGAUAACUUCGGGCACAGAAAUGUUUCUUGAUUUAAUUAAGGGAUUAGCAUCACUUACAUUUAAUAUGAGAAGUCAUAGGUGUUUAAAGCGAUACUAAGGAGUUUUUUGUACCUUAAAAUAAUGUUUCCAAAAUAAUUUUAGUGGUUCAUUCGUGGCCCACUAUCGGCUAUAACCACACUAUGUAAGUUUACCAUAUCGGAUAGCAGAUUUUGUAGUUUGAUGGAAAAAAAAUACAGAUUGCUUCAAUGACACAAUAUGUCAUACUUUCAUAAAAUCAUGCAACAUACUCUACCUUGUCUGUGGACAUCAUUAUUUGCAAAGCCAGUGCUGGAUAAACAAAUACUGUAGCGUGUGUGCAACAGAGUAAAAGUGCUUUAGUGUUGCUUCAAGCUAAAAUCAAGAUAUAUGAUCUUUAAGGGCUCUUCAACAGACCUAGUGACCCAUAACAAACAAGCCAAGCGGAGCAAUGGUGGCCUGGUGAGGGCCACAUGAUAGGGUGUUGGCAGCCCAUUUCAUACCCGCUCCUGUCUGGGACAAACGUGUAAGCCCAAGUAGGCCACUCAGAAGGGAUUGUUUUCUCCAGAGCACAACUACAACACUGUCCAUCUCCACAGGAUUCACUUUCAGUCUGAGGCCUUUAUCUACACAUAUAUCAGCACGCUAGGAGGAGGCAGAAGGAGGGAUGGGACUUUUAUUCUUAGCUUUUAUUUUCGAUGAUUAUUUUGGUCAAUGCUAUUGAGAUCGCCUUACUAGACUUCCUUUGUUGUUGUCUGUCAGGCACAAUGUAAUAUCAUACCCGUCCCAUCGGCUUUGUACUCGGACCUACAUAGAGAUGGUCAGGUUGCAAACAUGCUUGUUUCCCUUCUUUUUUGACAUUGUCAGGUGGAGCUUAUAAAUUGAUCAAUGAUUUUGCUCUGUGGUUCACUUCACAUUUCAUCUCGAUGAUGGCUCACAGCUCCAUUGCGACAAGGAUGUGGGCUUUGUUCGGACUCCUCUCUUUGCUCCACAUCUCCUCAGGGAUGAUAUUCAGACGUCCAGAACUCCAGACUCCUCCACCUGUUGGCUCCCCAGAACGACCCCUUCCUCCAGAAGAUUACGGAGUGGGCUCAGGAUCAUACGGCGUUCCAUUUGACCAAAUCCCAAGGGCACGGGGACAUAUGCCACACGGUAGCUUUCCUAUGCCACCCGAUGCCUUCCCAUGGCCAUCUGACGGUGAUUCCAUGGCCAUGGAUGACUACCCGAUGGAUUCUAGUGGCUUCCCCAUGCAACCAUUUGAUGGUGACCCAAUGGCAUGGGAAGGCCAAGCCAAGCAGUCGGGUGGCUACCCCAUGGCAAUGGACCCAAUGCCAAUAGACCCCAUGCCAAUCGAGCCUGGCCACCACACUCCACCGAGGUGGAACAUGACCAACGACGGCCGAGCAGGUAACCUGACGUUGAUGCCAGACACGUCCUACUGUGAGAUGCUCCUGGAGGCGCCGGUGCCUGCGUCUAUGAGCGAGGUCCCCUGGUUCUGCAUGUGCACGAUGUGCAAGGGCAACAACAUGGGCCCCAAAGGCGACAGGGGCGACAGGGGUCUACCAGGGCCACCUGGAAGUCCGGGGAGAAGAGGCUUGACUGGGUUCAGAGGUCGACCAGGAUUUGUUGGUCGUCAGGGACCAAAAGGUCAGAAAGGAGAUGAGGGCAUGAAAGGAGAGAAGGGAGCUGUGGGGUUCAAUGGCAACAAAGGAUCUCGAGGCUUCAAGGGUGAUAAGGGCGACCAUGGGUCAGAUGGUGUUCCAGGUGCACAAGGGCCUCAGGGUGACGCAGGCGUCUGUCCGGCGAGUUGCGAUUCCAUCCCGGGCUCACCGGGAGAGUCGGGACUUCCUGGCAGCGUCGGGGCGAGGGGUCUUCCUGGGGUGGCGGGCCCACAGGGUACGAAAGGACUGAAGGGGGACCCGGGUGACGCGGGGCUGCCAGGUGUCCCCGGGGCUGAUGGGAUGAAGGGAGACCAGGGGGCGAAGGGUGAGUGCACCUGCACCGACGGGGCAGAUGGAGCUGAUGGAGUGCCUGGUACGUCCGGGUCCAAGGGUGACAAGGGUGCGAUAGGUCCUCCAGGGGUCGCGGGGAGUGACGGUGAGAGGGGGGAUAAGGGCGACAUUGGCAUGACCGGAGUGCCCGGUCCGUGCACGCCAGUCUUCAAAUCAGCUUUCACAGCCGCUCUGACCAGUAGCUUCCCACCACCCAACCUGCCUGUGAUCUUCGCCAAGGUCAUCUACAACUUCCCCGGGAAUUACGACCCCACGAUGGGCGUCUACACAGCUCCCACCAAUGGCACCUACGUCUUCAGCUGCAACGUGGAGGUCUUUAGCAAAGUGUUGAAGGUCGGCCUCUUCCUUAACUUCCAGCCCGUUGUGAGGACCACCGAACCCACUGACCUGGGCACUGCCUCUCAGCAGGUAAUACUACACCUGACUACUGGAGACAUGGUGUGGGUGCAAGUCAAGGACACAGACACCAACGGCAUGUUCACCAGCUCAGAAAGUAGCAGCACCUUCUCCGGGUUCCUGCUCUACCCCGACUCCUGCGAGCUGCCACUGUUCAGAGAGUUUGUGCAUCCAAUCAAAGGGACCUACUCGUGGGGAGAUUUGGUCCUCCCAUGAGCAUUUACUAAAUAGUUGGAUCAAAUACUUGGCAGGACUUUUACUUUCUGAACCCAGGAAGUCCGCCUCUGGUCCCCAUGCCCAUCCCUAUGCCCACCCCAAUCCCUUAAACACACAACCAAGCAUCACCAUCAUAUGCCAGCCUGUACAAUGCCAUUGAGAAAUAUGAGCAAACUCGUCCAAAUAAUGUGUUUUUCGGCUGUUCAGAUAAAUAGUACUCAAGUCUUUCAGGUAAUUGAUUUUGGUGGUAGGAUGGGAGAAAUAAUAACACAUUUCAUAGAUAAGAUAUUGAGUACCUCAAACUUGCAAUUAAUGUGCUAUGCUUCAACUAAACAUGAAAAACACACCACAUAACAACAGACCACACCACAACACCUGCAAACUGACAACCCAGCAUAACACAUUACUUAUUUCCAACAGACACAACUCUAUAGGCUUCCGUCAACUCACUGAUCUACAAUAUGAUGCAGUUGCCUGUGUAGGCCUGACAUCUUUAACUAAAAUCCCAAAUCCACUCUUUUAAUAGAUACGUGUAUUACAGAGAGGCUUACGAUAGAAGGGUAUUUACUUCAUAGCCCUCCUGCAGAAUAGUGGGGUCUGGCUACCCAUAGCACCUAGCAGUGCUGUUCACAAUGCAGCAGAACGAGUCUGAUUUGGACAUGCUAUGAUUAAUCAAAGUAAUGUCCUUGUAGCUCUUUCUAUACCGAGUGUGGCAGAAUUGUGUUUGUAACGUAGAACAUAAUGUGUAAUGUAUCACAACUGUACAGUACAACAGUAAGUUGCAGUUGUGAUAUUGUGAAGAAAUUGGAAAGGAAAGUUUGUAAUUUACUUUGAAGUUUGGACAAAUCAAAUAUUAGAUUGCAAGUUUAAAUACAUAAGAAAAUAAUGCAGUAUACAGUCUUGAGGAAGUGGGAAAGGAAGUCUGUGUGGAAAGUGUGAGAAUGAAAGAAACAAAUUAUAUUGAAAUGUUUUUUUUGUUUGUUUUGUUUUGCUAUUGUGCCAUUGUGUAUAGAUCAAACUUUCUGAAAUAAACCACU